UUAUGGUUUGCUUAUAACCUGAAACUUGCACUCUUUUUCCACAAAGACGCCUGGAUGACAUGAAACAACUUUUUUUUUCUAGGAAUGUGAAAUCAAAGAACAGCAAAGAAUUGCGGAUAAGAAGAAGCGGGAGGAGGAAAUCAUAGAGAAAAACAGCAGAAUUAUGGAAGAGACCUUUGCUCAGAAGAGAGACCGGAAGUCGUCUGUGUACUAUGUGAAACUACUGGACGCGCACGGAAGUCUAAAUCCAGAUGACAUUCUGGCAGCACAGCUACAUGCCAAUGACGGAGACAGUGAUGAAGAAGCGACCAGGAAUAAUGGCGAUAGUGAAACCACAAGCAGCGCCGGAAUAUCGAACAGCCCCUCACGAUACGAUCGCCUUUCAGACGAAGAGGAAGAAGAUGAAGCGGAGCGGGGGUCGAACCGCCGUCAAAGGCGACGCAAAACUGCCGACUUGAAACGCGAUGAAAAUGGAUUUUUACUCGGAGAAAAAAGGGAAGAUAGAAUUGAAAGACGAGAGCGAAGAGCGAGAAAAAAAGAGUGGAACCAAGCGUACAAUGCGAGAUAUGUUCGCACCGCAAAGCCGAGAAACUUCGAGAUUGAGUUGGGUGUACACCAGAUAUUCUCAUCUUCUAGGCUCGAGCGAAAAUGAUAUCUUUUUUUUUCUGCACGGUGGAACUCAAGGGACUCACAA